GAGGUCUCACUCCCCAUGGCCAAGCAGCCUGGGAGAUCAGUUCAGCUGCUCAAGUCCACAGACCUGGGACGCUACAGCCUCCUGUACCUGAAGGAGAUUGGCCAUGGCUGGUUUGGGAAGGUAUUCCUGGGUGAGGUCAAUUCAGGCAUCAGCAGCACCCAGGUGGUGGUGAAGGAGCUGAAGGUGAGCGCCAGCGUUCAGGACCAGAUGCAGUUCCUCGAGGAGGCCCAGCCAUACCGGGCUCUUCAGCACAGUAACCUGCUUCAGUGUCUGGCCCAGUGUGCAGAGGUGACUCCGUAUCUGCUAGUGAUGGAGUUCUGCCCAUUGGGAGACCUCAAGGGUUAUCUGCGUAGCUGCCGGGUGGCAGAGUCCAUGGUCCCAGAUCCCCUGACCUUGCAGCGGAUGGCUUGCGAGUUGGCAUGUGGAGUCCUUCACUUACACAAGAACAACUAUGUGCACAGUGACCUAGCCUUGAGGAACUGCUUACUCACUGCAGACCUGACUGUGAAAAUUGGGGACUAUGGCCUAUCUCACUGCAAGUACAAAGUAAUUUGACAUUCUCUCCUCGUGCUGACUGUGCAUGCUUGGCAGGAUGACUAUUUUGUGACAGCCGACCAGCUGUGGGUGCCACUACGCUGGAUUGCCCCUGAACUCAUCGAUGAGGUGCACAGCAACCUCCUCGUCGUGGACCAGACCAAGGCCAGCAAUGUCUGGUCGCUGGGUGUGACAAUAUGGGAACUGUUUGAGCUGGGCGCCCAGCCCUACCACCACUACUCCGAUCGCCAGGUGCUUACCUACGCCAUCAAGGAACAGCAACUCAAGUUACCCAAGCCUCAGCUGAAGCUGUCACUCUCAGACCGCUGGUAUGAGGUGAUGCAAUUCUGCUGGCUCCAGCCGGAGCAGAGGCCCACAACAGAGGAGGUGCACCUGUUGCUAUCCUACCUGUGUGCCAAGGGGACCACAGAGGCUGAGGAAGACUUUGAGAAGCGAUGGAAGUCCCUGAAGCCCAGCGGGACCAACGGAGCCAGCCACCUGGGCAGUGUGGCCGAGCUGUCCUCCAGUUUCCCGCUCCUGGAGCAGUUCUCGGGAGAUGGCUUCCAUUCAGAUGGGGAUGAUAUCUUGACAGUGAUGGAGACCAGCCACGGGCUCAACUUUGAGUACAAGUGGGAACCCAGCCGAGCCGAGGCCUUCCAGACUCCCACGGGGACCCUCAGUCCCCGCCAUGCUGCUCACUACCAGGACCUCUACUACCCGGCUAGCUCCUCGGCCAGCCACCUGAGCCUCGGGGUUUCACCUUCUUGCUAUGAGUGCCCACCGCCGGGGGUGGUGCCCAUCCUCAGUGCCCACAGUCCUUCUGUGAGUAGCGAGUACUAUAUUCGCAUUGAGGAACCAGCUGACUGUGAUCUGGACUUCACCAUGUGUUCCUCCAGCCCAGAGUGCCAGCAGGCAUCCCCUGAGGUGGCUGCCACCCCUUGGCAUGACAAAGAAGGACCCGUGGGGGGUGCUUAUGACUCAGACAGCAGCCCUACUGUGUCACUGACUAUGGAACCACUCCUGGGGCAAGGACCUGCUGGGGAGGGGCCCUGGGAUAACCCCGACGACUACUACUCCCAUAUGAGCUGUAGCAAAGACUCACUCUGUUACCAGCCUUCCCCUGCAGGGGAUUCACAGACCGAAGACAGUUUGUUGGGGGAAUGCAGGGAGGGUGCCAGCAAGGACUGGGGCAUUCCAGGCUUCCACCAGUCUUUUUUUGAGGACCCCCUAGGAGUGUCCCCCUCAGGGAAUUCUGUGACCCAGGAGUCACCAGGUGGGGAGGAGGUAAUGGUGGGAGAAUCAAAGGAACAGGGAGCCCCGGGCAGCCCUCCUGAGUCAGUAACAAUAGAGCUAGGGGAACAGGACAGUCUGCCCAGCAGCAGCACCCCACAUGAAGCCACGGAGGAGGUGAGCUUGGUUGCCCAGCAGAGACACUGGACUUCCAACAUGUCUGCCAAUAACAACAUCAACAGUGGCUGCCCCCCUGACCCCUGGGCCACUCACUUUGUAGACUCCUACUUGGGAUCAGGAGAAGGCCUGGCGCCAGGACCCGAACCGUGUGAGAUCCCUGCCACAGACUGUGUAGCAGAGCCCCCGCCCCUUCCUGAGGGUCCUGGGCAGGAGCCGGGGAGCCCCCCUACCUCCAUUCACCACCGCCAGGCAGAGGAGGACCCAGCCCCUGUGGCUAUCUCCCCCUCGCAGGGGAUGGACAGAGAGACUGCCCAGAAUGGCAGUGUCUAUGGUGGGGCUGAUCCGAGCGCCCCCAAGGAAGCCGCAGCCCCUGCUGUGUCCCCAGCCCCAUCUCCCUUGCCCUCACCCUCCCAGGACCGAGACCCCCUUCUCAGCAGGGCGGCUGGCCAUCUUGUCCUCGUUCCCAAGCCAGACUCCCCUGUGCCGUGGGAUACUAGCCAGAGUAAGAGCCGUGAGCCAGAGCAGGUGCUAGACAGCAAUGGGAGCUUCCCCGAGCUAGAAGGGCCGGGGAGUGAGGAUGAGGACACGACAGAGGCCACCUCUGGUGUCUUCACAGACUUUUCCAAUGACUUCCUUACUGAGAAGCCCGACUCAACACCCGCAUUCCGGUCCCUCCAGAAGCAGGCGGGCACUCCGGAUUCCCUGGAGUCGCUGGACAUCCCGUCCACAGCCAGUGAUGGUGGGGAGAUAUCUAGUCCGACCGUGUCCUACCCUAGUGCUGGGCAGCCCCGGGCCCUAGACAGUGGCUAUGACACGGAGAACUAUGAGUCCCCGGAGUUUGUGCUGAAAGAGCCCCAUGAGCCUCGGGACCCUGAGGACUUUGGGCCCCUAGGAAAGGAAGAUGAGAGCCCUGGAUUAGAGAUGCGGCUUUCUUCCUCCAUUAGCACUGAGCUGCAUGGUCUGAAUGAGAAAAACCCCUAUCGAGACUCAGCCUACUUCUCUGACUAUGACACAGAGUCAGAGCGGCCUGCCCAGGGGAAGGAGGAGGAGGAGGAGGACAGUGAGGCUGGGGAAGGAGAGCCUAGCCUGGCAGACUUUGAGGCCCAACAGCUCUCCCCCAAUAAUCAGGAAAUAUCAACAGUGGAGGAAGCAGGUGCUCGGCCUCCUCUUUCCCCUUCUGGGGAGCCCCCUCCAGAGGUAAUGGUCAACCCCACCAUCAAAGAGCAAGACCAAGAGAGCCCCACAGAGCAGGCAGAUGGGGCGGCCCCUGCUCUUGUCCCUGCCCCUGCCCCUGCCCCUGCCCCUACUCCAUCCAAAAUAUUCUCCCUGACCCCUGUCCUGCCAAGUCCAGAGGAUGGUGAGGUUGGGGAAAGCUGCCACAAAACCCAGGAGGCCCCAGACCUGUUCCCCACCCCAGCAGACCUGGUUCCUGGGGCAGAGGUGCAGGAAUGGAAGGGGGCCACAGCCUGUGAGGUACCCCCGUGUCCCAAAGCAAAGGCAGGGGAGAAGCCAGCCCCAAGCCCAGCCCCUCUGCGCCUGGACCUGUCAGAUCUCCUGGCACCCAAAGAGAGCCGGCAGGCAGAAGAGGAGGAGGAAGAGGACUCGGAGGACAGUGAGGAGUCUGAUGAGGAGCUGUGCUGCUAUAACAUCCAGGAGCAGAGCGAGGAGAGCGAAGAGGAACCCACUGCUGUACCCAUCGUGGUGGCCGAGAGCCACAGUGCCCGGAACCUGCGCAGUCUCCUCAAGAUGCCCAGCCUCAUGUCCCAGUCCUUCUGUGAGGACCUCGACCGCAAGAAGAAGGCCGUUUCCUUUUUUGACGAUGUUACCGUCUACCUCUUCGAUCAGGAAAGCCCCACUAGAGAACUCGGGGAGCAGCAGUUCCCUGAGAUGAAGGAAUCGGCUUCCUCAUUCCUGCCAAGCAGCCCCAGUUCCCUGAGCCCAUCUGACCGACUCAGUGCCGCAAACAAUUUCUCUGACAGGACUGCCUCUGAAGAGAGUGGUGGGUUCGAGUGGGAUGAUGACUUCCCACUAAUGCCAGCCAAGUCAUCUUUUGUGUCUUCACCGGGUUCUGGGAUGCCGGACUCCAUGCUGCCCAACCUACCGACCCCAGCGAAGCAGGUGCUGCCCGUCCAGUUUUCCCGCUUCACCGUGUCUCCCACCCCAGUCUCCCGAUUCUCUAUUACGCACGUCUCCGACUCAGACAUCGAGUCUGUAGGAGGAAGCAGUGAAGAUGGUGACAGAGAAUAACUUGGGCCUGGAAGGCACUUCGGAAUCUAUUGUGCCAGCGUGGCUCUGUGGACCAGGGCAAGAAGAGAUGCCCCUCCCAGCCCCAAGACAAAGCGGCGGAGGAGAUGGGGGGUGGGGUUGUCAAGAACUUGGCUCUAUUUUUUUAGACAGAUUUUAUCAGAGGCAUUUGGUUUGCUGCUAGCUCACAGAGAUAUCACUCCCAACCCCCCGCCUUCUGCCCCUUUGUCCGGUACAGGUGCAGCCAUGGAUGAUGGUCUAUGUGGACAUAUGAGCUUAAAGGCAUGCGGGUUUGUGUAUAAAUAUACAUAUAUAAAUGAUAGCGUUAAAGGGUAGACUUGCAGAAUCCUGCUCCCAUUCUUACCUUCCCCUCUUGAAGGGGAUCAAUACAACCCCUGUACUGCUUGCUCCUUCCUCUGGUCUGUGACUUCUCGGGGCUCACCCCUUCCUGCUGCCCCAGUGCCUAGUGAACCCCCGCUUCCUAGAGCUGUAGUGGGGACAGGAGCCUGUGUCUGCCGCUCCCAGGGCCUUCCUCUCUGCCCCUGCUCUCUUGGAUCCUGCUGUACAUACGUUGGAUUUCUGAACCUCCACCCUAGUGUCAUUCAAUAAUACUGUCUCCCUCGGCUUCCUAGUGGGACGUGUUUCUGCCUUGUCUCCUUCUACAACUCAGAUAGAUGGCUCCUAGCCCGACCUUCCCCAUCCUCCUACCCUCAUGCCUCCUUUCUGCCAGGAGCUGGGUCUGCUGGAAGAUGGGCCAAUGGGAGGGAGUCCUACAGCCCUUUCUUAGUGUUCUUGUUUUGUUUUGUUUUGUUUUUUAUUCCCAUGUUUUGUUUUGUUUUUGUCCCUUAAACCCUUCCCAAGCAGAAAUCUGGGCAACAUUUCCAGAACAGCUGUUGCUGUGGAGGGGGAAAGCAAAGGGUCUUUCCCUCUAGAAAGCAAGAUUUCCUCACCCCAGGGCCUUGGUGCUUUGGGACAAUGGGAAGGGGCAGGUGUCCCUGCCAGCACAGCCUCAUCAGGGAGACUAUGGGACUUCUGGGGUUCCCUAUCCUGCUACGGGUCCUAUUCUAGAGGUUGCUGGUGGGGAGCAAGAGCAGAGGGGGAAUUUGGGGCAACCUCUCUACAGGGCACACAGACAAUACGUGGGAGAGCUUCCUAGGCUAACUGCCCUGGUCUGCCAAAGAGAGCAAGGAGGGAAAUCCUCCCACUCGACUGUCCAUUUCCAUGUUCAGUUUUGGGAAUCUUCUUCCUCCUUGCUCAGGGGCCAAGGAACAGUUGGAGGGCAGGGUAAUAGCAAAUGGGGCUCGGCGGGAAUAUUUUUAUAAUGGUGAAUGCAGAGAGAAUGGGACCAUGAUAAUUUUAAGUUAUUGUUGCCAAAGAGAUGUGAAGAGUUUAUUGAAGGGGUGGGGGUGGGAGUGGGCAAGGGUGGGGUGGGAAGGGGCCUUAUUUUUGGUUUAUCCUUUUUUUUUUUUAAAUUAUUCGUUUGAGGCUUAGAAUGCUGGUGCAAUGAUUUUUCCCCCUUUAUUUAAAAAGAAAUUAAGCUAAGAAAAAAGCCUUUAAGCCAAGAGUGUGUUCUCCUUUGGGGCCAAUAGACCAACCCCUGUAGGGUCACAGCCUUGGGAGAUGAGAGUGGGAAGAAGGGUAGGCGAAUGAUAAAACAUGCAUGUGUGUAUGCCCACAUUGUGCAAGAACAUUGUGGGGGAGAGUACAACAUAGCUUUCUGUGGGUGGGUGGCUGCCACAUGUUCCAGCAUGUGUGUGUAGUAGGUACAGCUAGGCCUUGUGUGAGCCUCUAGGGCAAUGCCAGCCUUACCUACAGGGUGUAUGUGUGUGAGGUGCAGAGCAUCCUACCUGGGGUGGGGGUAGACCAUUGAAUGUUUUUCCAUGAUGUGUUUGUGUUCUGGUAUGAUUCAAACAUGUGAUAGCUUAAAAGUUCAGCCCAGCUAGCAUCUGUUUCUAGAAAGUUAAGAGACAUAGAACUCUCAGAUGCUUUCGAUGUUUCUGAAGACAGGCCUUUCCCAGCCCCUACAUAUGCCAGGCUCUGAGUCUCUAGGCACUAUUAACUCAGUGUCCCCCUUGCUGUCCCUGAAAGUCCCAGAGGCAUCCUCUGAUGGUGGGAGGGAGGGAAGGAAUGGGACGACCCCCACUGAAGAGUCUGAGAAGAGGCAGAGAGCCUGACUGCACUUUUAAUGGCUGUGGGUAAAAUGAGGCAACAGAAAGCAUGUCUCCCUCCUCUGAUGGAUGAAAUGGUUAGGGAUGUUAAUCACAGGUCAAUCAAACCAGCUCCCGAGUUUCCCCUUUGCUGGAGAGACAGCCCUGGUCUCCACAUACCCUCUUCCCCUAGUCAGGCUGGACCCUCCAGUGUCUCCCUUCUGAGAGUGCUCUAACUUCGAUAUCUGUACCCAAAGGGCAGCUGUGGCCGUCUUCUCUCCAGCUUUCCCUUCUUUGAACUAAACCAUCC